AUGAGUGAAUGUUGGAGAACCCCAAUAACACUGUUCUUCAUGUUGAUGAUUACUCUGAUUUUUUCAUCAUUGAGCACAGCGAAGGUCAUCAAGAUGGAAUCAUCCAACAUUCCGAAUCACACAACUACUGUUCUUUCUAUUGAUUCUGCUAGUGCUCCUCGGACUGUCAUGAGCUUCUUUUCAAAUGAUCUCGAUGUUUCAAUAUCGGGAGUACGAGCCUCAGCACUGCCAGUUACGACAAGUUUACGAUUUUCCAAUUGCAACCACACACUGAGUAUCAUGUUUGGUCUCGUUCCACUCAAUGAAACCAAUACCAUUUUGAAAUUCACCAAUCCUCAAUUUCCAUCCAAUUUUGCAUGUUCAGAUGUGGUGCUAGCUCAGUUUUAUGAAAUUCCUGUACGAUAUCAACAAACAUUUUUCGCUCAGCAAAACGAGGUGAAUUUGAGCCCAAAAGGAAAUCAAUAUAAUUUAUGUGAAACGAUUGGAAGUUAUGAAAAACAAUUACAGAAGGAACGAGGAAUCAUGAAUUGCUCACAAUUAUUGUGUGAUUCAAAAAUUAAUAAUGUAGAGGAUAUUGUAAAUUCAUUGACGGAUGGAAAAAGCACAUUGGCGGAUUGGAUCAAUUAUUGUAGAUAUUGCGAAUCGGAAGGAAUACCAGAUUUGUGUCUAAAAUCUCCAAACUCCGGAGAUGAUCAAGCAAGAGCCAUGUUGACUGCUUUUCCUACAAGUACGCAAUAUUGUGGAAUGGAUAUCUUUGGGGUACCCUUUUUAGUGGAUACUGUUAGAAUUAUUCCUCAAACUCCCUUUUUAACCAAUUUCAGUAGUUUUUCGUUUAUAUGCUAUUGCCCUUCUAUUAAUACUUUUGCAUUUUCAUGUAGUACAUCUCUCCUCAAGGACGAUAUCAUCCAACAAUAUUUUCUAAUUGCGCUUUUCCCACUGACAUUUGUUGCUCUAUUGUUUGGUUUCUUUAUUCCUAAAAUAUGGAAAAUUAUGAAGACACGUUCUGGAAGUUUGAUUACAAGUAGUUGUAUCAUGCUUAGUUCGACCUUGUCCAUAAUUUCCAGUUUGAUUGUUGUUGUGGUACCACCACCUCUUUCAAUACUCAUUUCAAAACAUGUGCAAUAUUUUGCACUCGUGACAAUAUUGUACAGCGUCUGUUCGUGGUUACUGGAUUUAUAUCGAUUGAUUUCAUUGGCAAAGAAUAGACAAUCUCCAAAGAGUUUUUACGUGGUUCAUGCUUUUUUGAUGGCCUUGUUCUUAGCUGUUGGAGUGGUUUCUUCUGUAGUGAUUGCAACUCAGAACGAAGAGUCACAACCUUACUUGCUAAUCGCCGAAGUGUGUUUAGGUUUCAUUGUAGCUCUGUUUUUUGUGAUUGGAGCAAUGUGGGCAUACAUUGUCAUGAAGAAAAUUAGUGAUGUGAAUUUGAUGAGAACAGGUUUUGUGAGAUUUGUAUUCUAUGCCACAUUCGUUCUCAUGAUAUUUUCCAUCUCUUAUCUACUGGCCAUUAUUUAUAUGCGUACAAAUACUGGGUUUGCUUUGAUUUGUGAUUCUAUUGGGAAGAUUGCAAUUUUUGCCUUGUUUAUGGGAGUAGUGUAUGCCGAUUUUGACCGUUACGAGUUGAGAGAAUUUUAUGGCGUCUGUCUUAAGGUUAUUUACAAGUGCUUAAAAAAGCAUAUUAAGACUCUCAAAGAGAGAAGAGAAGGUGGUGACAGUCACACUGAAAGUGAUUCUUCUAAAUUAUUGAAAACUGAGGGUGAUUCGGCAUAUCAAGAAGACUCUAGUACUUCAUGGGUGACCAUGAAUUCUUCAAGCGUUAAUACUGAAGUUACGACAAGUCACAUUGCCUCAAAAUGA